AUGAAGUUUGUCAUCGUUGUCGCCAGUCUCGUUAUUAUGAUCGCAGCCGCUCCGGGAUGGAAGUCACCUUGUCACCAGGGAUUCCCCUGCGCGCAUAGCGUAGCGGGCAAUUGCACCCAGUUCGAUCUGAAUAACGAAUGGAGGGCCACCGUCGACUCACGACAGCUCAACGAAUCGUGGAUUUACGCAGUUUGCCCGGACUCAGUGCAGCCCAAUAUUACUGUGCUUUCCAAGCUCGACCUCAGGAAUUGCAUUGCGAACGAUCAAGGCACACUCACCUUGCGCGAGAAGGGCGGUCACAAUGGUCAGGCUUGCACUGUGUCAAAGCCGCCGCCCGUUCCGGUGGGACAAGAACCCGUUGGGGAAAUGAAGCUGCAGUGUUGGAUGCCAGGCAAUCCGUUCUUGAAGAACAUCGGUCUUCUCGCGUUCAAGGAAGUCAACAUCUCCUCUAUGAUCUGGGUUGACCAUAACAGCGUGCUCGGCUGUUACAGCCAAACAGGGGUCAGAAUUCCCAAGUGA